AUGUCAUCCUCCACUGUAUUCACCACCCUCAGCUCCAUUGCCAGGGCCCUUAGCCCCAUCCCCCACCUCAUUACAGAGGGGGCCGCCUGUCAGGGUGGGAUGCCGGCUGGUCUUGAGGAGGCACGUAGUGCCCGCCUCUUGUCCGUCCAACAGUGUCUUACUGUUGGAGAAAUUGUCACGCUAGUGCCUAUGCCCUACACCAACACUGUUUGCGAGUUCUUGAAACUUGUCUUCUCUUGUCACGAGAAAGAGUUGACAACAGACACAGCUCAUAAAAAGCUGCAAGCUCUGCGCGAUGCGGGAAAUUUCCCCUCUUGGCUAGGUAGCUCUAGCCCUGAGAUGCCGCUUACAAAGUGGUUUAAAGAGGAAAACAGGGAGGAGAGCUCUGCACUUGAGAAGGCACAUCUUGCUUAUAAGAAAGAGCAACUGGACCGGGCAAUUGCCCUUAAGGGUUCAGAAGCUUCUAUGUACCAAAACUCUCUCGUGCCACACACCAUCUCUGAUAGUGCUAUAGAUCAGUUGCUCGGUGGUGAAGACCGGUCAGAAAUUCUGCAGGUUGAUUCUGGCGUAGUUGCUAUCCUCCUCUUUGGGGUAGACGUCCCAUCGUCUAAUUAG